UUGUAAGCAUUGUGAUUUUAUGAUGUUGCAGACCACCCAACCUUAAAAAAAUCUUAGAGAUUAAAACUCUGAAUUCAUUUCUUGUCCUGUUUCUGUUAAACUAAGGCGUUUGUGCUGUUGCUUGCUUGACUCUCACAAUAUCUGUCAUCAAGUCUUCAAGUGAACUUCAGUGAUGGCGUCAAUAUUAAAUAAAGCAGUAUCUGACACAGAUGAAGACCUGAUAACUUGUCAUGUUUGUCUGCAGGAAUUUAGCUCGUUGGAGAAGCAUAAACCUAAAUUUCUUGACUGUCAUCAUUACUUUUGUGUCAGUUGUAUACAAGGCUUUUCUAACGUGAAUUCGGUACUUUGCCCGACUUGCCGCAGAUUGACGAACAUGAAGGGACGCAAGAUAGAAGAGUUGGCCACCAACAACGUCGUUUUACGUUUGGUGACCAUAGAAACCAACCGAGCUCGUGAACUUGCCGAACGGGAAAAAAAGAGGAAGGCUGAAGCGGACACCGAAGCGAAACAACAAAAGUGGUGCACUGACUGUUCUUUCCUUGCAUAUGGUGGUUGCAUUAAAGAUAAUCAUCAAGUCAAGAAUUAUAAGGACUACUUUCAAGAUCGUUACUCACACCUACAAUCAAUCAUCGGAGACAUACAGUCAUCUUGUAAACAAGCCCUAAACGAUUUUAAGAAAAUUCAGUUGGUUCACACAGAUAUUCUUGGUAAGCUGCAAGUGCUUUAUUCCGAAAUUAAUAGAAGAGUGGCUUCUAGCAAAGACACAAUCGCCGAGUUGGAAUGCCGUCUUAAAUCAGUAAAUGAUAUUGAUAUUUCUGAAGAAGAAGAAAUGUUUAAUUUGAUCAAGAAAGUUAAUCAUCUGAUUGUUGAAUUUAGUGGUAAAUUAAAAGAAACCCAGUCUAUCAAAUUGAAUGCUGGUAACCUUCUUCGGUCGUACGGUAAUAACUUAAAUGAAGCUAUAAUUAUGUUAUCAAACGAUGAAACAAUGGAAGACAAAAAGACAUCAAGAACAGCUGCGGUAUUGAACAAAGACAUUGACUCGCCGUCUUGCUCAGGUUCUUCGCACGUCAAAGAGUCAUCAGGUCCGCCCAAUAACAAGAAAAUUCGAAUUUCAAUUAUCCCAAACACCAGGGCAGACGCGUUAGGCCUACCGAGUCAAGGUCUAUCUAUUCAGCAAUUACGAUCGUUUAUUCUUAAAAAAGGCGAAUCGGCUAGAAAUACUCGUUCACCCAACUGAUCAUCUUGAUUUGAGUUACCGUUCCCCUAUAAAACUCAGCAUUGUUCCAGUUUAGUGGCUGAGACUUAAUGACAGCCUUUACUUUCCAAAAACCAAGCAAUCAAUUUUCCCGGAAAUUCAUACGCAAAUAGAAAAUUCAUCGCCCCUGCACGUAUCGUACCUGUUGACUCUGCUGUCAGCAUGAUCUAGGGUGUUGUUCCAGUCUUAUCUUAAGACCCGAGUGUUGUAAUCAUGGAAGAAAUUAAUUAAUAAUGGCCAGUUUUCACAGGGUUUUUUUUAAUGUUCAACGCCAUUCAUUUUCGUCAGAAUAUGAAAGACUUGUUCAAUUUUUGUUUUCUCUUUUAAUAUUUCAAUACAUUUUCAAUCUAAUGUCUGAUAA